AUGUUACUCAUUCUGGCCAUAAAUAGGGUAAAAUGUUUUAGGGCAGAUAGUUACGCGCCAAAAACGUAUAACAUAAAACGGAACAACUCAGUUAGAAUACACAAGAGUGAUGUGUACCACCCCUUGAAGUUGGGCGCUUUAAUAUCAAAUCCAGAGGAAUUUAAACUGAUUCCAAAUUAUUUACACUACGAGAAAUUGACAAAUUUCAUACCAGAUAGGGUUGAGCUGCUCCAUAAGUUAAAGAAGAGCCUGAGCAGGUACAGGAAGGUCACGCUGAAGGUCAUCGGAAAGCUGCGGUGUAAGACGCUGCCAACGCUCCGCAGGUGCUACGAGGACCUGCUGGACGAAGUAAAGUUCUGGUACCUCAAGGGGAGUAACUUCAGCUUCUACGACCUGUUCACGCUGGGGGACAACCCAGUCUACCUGCUCACUAAACUAAACCUCCUGGUGUUCAUAGUGGACAUAUUUCUCAAGGGGCAGCUUAAGCGAAACUUCUCAGUCGAGGGGCUGAACCUCUUCUAUAAAAACGAGCACUAUCGCAUACUCACGUCGCUGUUCGUGCACUCGGACCUGCGACACCUCCUGUCCAACCUCGGAGGCCUCCUCUCAGUGGGAAACAACGUGCUGAAGCUGUACGGGCCCGCGAACCUGGUUCUCAUCUACUUCACAGCCGGGCUGCUGGGAAACUACAUAAGCUACAUGUACAACUACGUCUACAAGAACGGGAUUCCGGCCAACCUGCUGCUGAUCCUCAGGUCCAUCGGGAGGAACUUCUCGAGCGCCACGAAACCCAUCGUGACCGCCACGAACACAAUCGUGGACGACAUUCUGCAGAAGAGCAGGAGGGUCGGGUUCCCGGUCUUCAUGUUCGACUACCUCUUCACGACGGCCUCGAUGGCCUUCGACUUCCUGCUUUCGAAGCUCGUCCAGGUCGUCACUGGCGUCUCGCCGGGGUCCCCUAACGACGUGGACAUGAAGGUGAAGGAGAUUUGCAUGACCAGGUCGAGGACCGACUACAAGACUUGUGGCGCGUCCAGCGGCAUAUUUGGACUCCACGGCGCACUACUGACCUACUACAUUAAGUCCGGGUACAUAAACAACUACACCGCGAUGAACAACCUGUUCGUGUCGUUCGCCGUCCCUUACAUCAUAGGGUCUUUCACACACAAAAUUGACCACGUAUCGCACGCUGUCGGCUUCCUCAUAGGAUCUGCUCUAUCAGCAAUGUUGGAUUAA